AUGCAAGAUAGAACACUUCUACCAAAAAAAAAGACAACACCAGGCGCCAUGUUCGCUAUGGUUGACCCAGCCGUGAACAGCGGUUUCCAAAGUUUUGGCGGUAACAAUCAGCACAGCAGUUUCGUCUUUUCAAGUCCACACAAGCCAGCCAAAUCAUCACCUCUCUCUUAUGCCCCCAUGAGGAUACCUUCACCGACAUUGCCAUCAGACGAUGCCCCUGACAUGAUGCUUUCGUCCCCUCUUGGUCCCUCGUCAGAUUCAUCCCAUCUUCGCAUGAGCCAGUCCUCGCCAAUACGGUCCUCAUUUGACAAUAAUGAGAGCUCCGGACCACAACCAAAGUUCAGAUUUGCCAAUCGGAACCCAGCAAAGAACAGCAAUCCUCUAGUCAAAAAGCGGAACGAUGUACAAGACUCGAGACGAAGACUCUUUCUCAAUAAUGUACGGCAGAGGCAGGAGGACAAAAAGUUUCAGCGACGGGGUGGACAGGAUGAGGUUCGUUAUUUGCCUUCCACCUGUACUUUUCUCUUCUCCCAACUAACAGCCCCUGGACAGAUUGCCAGAUUAGAGUUCAACCGUCUCCAGAACGAACGCCUCGCCUAUCUUGACCGAGAACGAGCCAAAAACCCUUAUGCACUCUGGGAACAAGAGCUUGAGGACGAGCAUCGCAGCUUGCAGUCACAGCAACGGCAAAUGCAACAACAAAAUCCAGACGAAAUGAUGCUGGAUGCAUUGGAAGAGGCAGAGAUGGCCGAGAUUGCCCAAGCAGAGGCGUUGCUUCACCAGGACAACAACUCCUCGAGACAUAUCAAUCAGGAUGACUCUUUCGAUGAUGACGAGGAUUGGGAUGAGUUGUUCAUGGAAGCGAUCCAGACUUCACAGCAACACCAUAUUCAAGGGCAACAAUCGGGCGGGCAAGAUGUGGAGAUGUCUUGA